GGAAGCAGCCCGCGGGCCACUGGCCCUCGCAGGGCGUCUGCAGGCCCCGGUGCAGCCUUUCCGCUGGCGGUCUCCUCGGCUGAAGGUGGCCGUGCGCCUUUGGGGGUGGUGUCGCGCCCGCUGUAGCCGGCGUGAGGGGGUAACGCGGCCUCAGAGGCGGCAACGGUACUGAGCGAGGCCCGCCGGGUGCUGUGAGGAUAUUCCUUGGCCUUUUGGUCCAAAAGCUGAGAAAGUUUUGUUGUUGGAAAAGGGACAGAGACACCAUCAGAGAAGAGGGAGCGAAGACCUUGGCGCUGACGGCGCCCCAGCGUCCAUCCAGGUGACGGGCUGCUGCGGGGGGACGCGCUUUGCCCCGCAGGCGAUGUGAGGAUGACCAUGGCCCAAGCUGGAGCCGUAGUCGCAGCUGCCACGGGACUCCUCACGUUCUUCCUGUACUCCUCCAUCCACAGGGUUGAGGAGGGGCACCUGGCUGUGUAUUACAGGGGUGGUGCAUUGUUAACUAGUCCAAGUGGACCAGGCUACCACAUCAUGCUCCCAUUCAUUACCACGUUCAAAUCCGUGCAGACCACGUUGCAGACUGAUGAAGUGAAAAAUGUGCCUUGUGGGACAAGUGGCGGUGUUAUGAUCUACAUUGACCGAAUAGAAGUUGUGAAUAAAUUGGCACCGUAUGCAGUGUAUGAUAUUGUGAGAAAUUACACUGCAGACUACGAUAAGACCUUGAUCUUCAAUAAAAUUCAUCAUGAGCUGAAUCAGUUCUGCAGUGCCCAUACCCUGCAGGAAGUAUACAUUGAGCUGUUCGAUCAGAUAGAUGAGAAUCUGAAGUUGGCCCUGCAGAAAGAUCUCAAUGUCAUGGCACCAGGUCUCACCAUCCAGGCUGUGCGUGUUACAAAGCCCAAAAUCCCAGAAGCUAUCCGAAGAAAUUUUGAGCUAAUGGAGGCUGAGAAGACCAAGCUGCUGAUUGCAGCCCAGAAGCAGAAGGUAGUAGAGAAGGAGGCAGAGACCGACCGGAAGAAAGCACUUAUUGAGGCAGAGAAGGCUGCUCAGGUGGCCAGGAUUCAUUAUCAACAGAAGAUCAUGGAGAAGGAAACAGAGAAGCGGAUUUCUGAGAUUGAAGAUGCUGCAUUCCUGGCAAGAGAGAAAGCAAAAGCUGAUGCAGAGUACUACACUGCUUGGAAGCUGGCUGAUUCCAACAAGCUGAAACUUACCCCUGAGUAUCUGGAACUAAUGAAAUAUCAAGCAAUAGCUGCAAACAGCAAGCUGUAUUUUGGUGACCGCAUCCCCAACAUGUUUCUGGAUUCCUGUGCCUUCCAGAAAGCCAGUGUGAGGACUGCCCAAGAAGCCAGCCUUCCUUCACAGGAGGCCUCGGAGGCCUCUGGAGAAAGCCACCUCAGAGCAAAGGAAAGCACUGGCUGACCGGGGUGGAAGGAUACCCGGUAUAGCUCGACAGCCAGCCCAGCUGCCAAUGGGGAUGUCGCCCUGUGCUGGUGGGGCGGACGCAGCGCAUGCGUGGACAUCUUGUGUAUAGGUGGCAGUUGGGUUGAUUUUCUUCUAGCAACACAUUGCAAGUGCUCUGCCUCUUCCGUUUCUUCCCCUGUUAAAUUGGUGCUUCCAAAUGAGGGAUAAUCCUGUACUAACAUACCAAUACUGGAAUAUUAAAAGACAGACACCAGGAAAGCCUUCCGCAGUAGGUACAGUUAUUGAUCAAGCAUUACUCUGGAGGUAGGAGAUGUGGCUUUGAGUGUUACGUUGCUGCACACUGGUUGUUCCCCAGUGCUCCUCACUGAGGCCAAGUGAAGAGGUUUCCUUUGUUCUGAUGAUGAAGCUUCGCUUUGUGGACUCCAAGGCAGGUUUCUACUGGCACUAUCUUAACUUUCCUCAAGGACUCCAGUGGAAUGGGCUCUCUUUGGCCAGUGGAGUCUGUGUGUUCUUGCUCAGGGUGAGGCCUGGCAAGGAAUGGUUUGGUGUGGAAUAUAUUAUUUGAAUAGGAUCUGCAUAGCCAUAAUCUUCUUUCCUGUAGACAGUGGCACUAGAUAAUGACUUGGAGCAAGCAGUCUCUAACAGCCUUCUUUAACUCCCCCUCUCCAAGCAAGAGCCGCACGCUGGCUGCCUUGGAGUGACUGUAGUACGUUUUGUCUGGGCGGCUGGGUCUUGCUGUGCAUCCUAAACAAGAUUUCAGAGUGCAUGGAGUACCUCCAAGCAGCUGGUUGGGAACAGAGCGUGGAAGUCUGCUCAGACCCCAGCCUCCUCGCAGGGAGAGGGGGACCCCUCCCUCUUUUCACCAGGGAAAGGGGGCAGAAUUUCCACUGCUCUGCCUUGCUGGCAAUGUGAAGGGGAAGAGUGAAGGGACCCUGCUGUGCAGCAGACCAGAUGUUUGAUGCCUCAGCUGCAAAGUAGGUGAGGCUUCGUUGCUCUGCAGUGCAAAAUCUGAUGCUCCAAGAAGUGGGAGCUGCUCUGUGUGUCCUUGAACAGCUGCAAUGGGGAGUCUGUUGCUGGUCCUCACCACUGGCCAGGUUUCACUGUUUUGCAGGGCUUCUGGCUCACGAGCGGUGUUGGCAGGGUGAUCUUUUCUCCUGGUGUGUGUUGUAAUAUAUCCUACCCCUCCCCAUGUGCUUCUGCAGGGUGAGAGACAUGCUGGGGGUAGAAAUCUGCUGAUCUGCUUUCCCCUUCUGCCCUCCCUGCUGCCUAUGAGGAUGUGCUUGUUUCUAGGACCUGUUUCUCGUGUUCUGUGACAAUCCCAGAAGACGAUGGCUGGGGAAACAACUGUCAAGAGCUUGAGCUGGGAUGGGGCUCACGCUCCAGCGUUGCCUGUCUCUGAACCCACCAUGUCUCCAGAGGCCCCCUCUCCCCUGCCAGCCUGGGGUUAUCUGCAUGUUCAUCCUGCUUUCCUGCCCCUUGGGUGCAGCCACGCACAGCACUGGACCCUGGGUUGGUGGUGAUGCUCUAGACGCUCGGCUGGUCAGGAGUGACAGGCCAGUUGGUGCUGGUGUUCAGAUCUUCUGUUCCCAGCACCAUCUGCAGCCUCAUGGCAUUGGGGGGAACAUGCUUAGCUUUUGCCUUGGUGAAACAUUCAACCCAAACCAAAUGAUCUGAGCCUCUGCUAAUGAUUUCCCCAAACAUGUUGUGUGGGUUUUCAGGCUUUCCAGUGCUGUUUUCUGGUCCUGUGUGACUUGACAGAGGAUGGCAGUGUCUCUCCUCAAGUAAGUUUAACUACACUGCCUUACCAUGUCUGAGCUCCUGCCCUGGCUGCUUCUCCUCCAUCUCUGGGGCAGAGCAGGGAUGCCUUACCCUGCCUCUCCUGCUCCUGCUGCUGGCCAGCUGUGGGACUUUGCAGCAGUUUCAGAUGGUCUUUCUUUAUGAAAACUCCCAAGGCUCCAGCUUCUUUAAAACCCAGCCAUGGCAAGAGCCAGUGGAGUUGCAUCUUUGAGCCUCCACCUCCUCAGUGUUGCUGGCUUGCAGCAGAAACAGCCUCUCCUUGCCCCAGCAGUAGCCACUUCGGUUGAAUUUUAAGAUAAAGGCAGGCUUUUUAGAACAGAAGCACUCCUGGAGGAGACAUAGGCUUGUCUGUGUUGUACUCACCCAGUGCUGGCGUCAAACCCUGGUGUCAGGAUGGAUUCUGUCAGCCUGGAGGUGACAGGAAGCAAGGGCAUCGGGGGAACCACUAGAAGCAAUAACCAGGCAACUCACAGCUCUCCCAGUGAUCAAAGCAAGCUCCUCAGGUGAGGAGCAGGAAGGCCCUCCAGGCCAGUGCAGGAAGGGCUGCUUCCCUUUGGAUCUGAGCCUUGCUGGCCUCCCUGUCACCAUCCAGGUGGAUGCAUGGCGUUUCCUUUAGUGGCUGUCACUUUGGCUCAGUGUCAUCCUGCCCUGGUUUGGUGUGCAUCAGCCACCUACCCACGUGGUCUGAGGGACACUGCAGGAUGCUCCUGUGGUGUGAAGUCCUGCAGCAAACAUGUGUGUGAUGCUCAGUGCCUUCUGCAGCAGCCUACUCCAUCCCUCUGCUUCCCCAGCCACAGCUUCAGAAGCCUGAGUAGGUGUGCAAGAGGAGGGAAUUGCUAUGGCUUUAACUCCCCAGUCUGGGCUUUGCUUCUCUCUGGGCUGGGAGGGAACAAGGGUGCAACCAGGAGCGUGGACUGGAACUGUUUUUUCUGUCCAUUUGAAAGGCCCAUGUGAUCCUGUGACUAAAGGGGUUUGCCACUGGAUCCACACCUUCUUUAAGGAGACACGAUACACAUGUUCAAGUUUACAUGCACAGUGUUAAGUUCUUUUGAUAAAGCAGAAUAAAAUUAUUUUGUUACCA